AUGAACCGCAACAUCCUCACCCUCAGUUUUGUCUCCUUGUGCUUGUUGCAAGCAAGUACAUCUCUGGUCUAUUCCGCUGAUCAAGCAGAACGAGACGGUCAUCGCUUUUUCGAGCAGCAUGUCCGUCCUUUGCUGGUGCAGCACUGCUACGAAUGCCAUGGCGAGGAUAAACAGAAAGGGGACCUUCGCGUCGAUUCGAUUGGUCAACUCCUGGCUGGAGGGGAAAGUGGCCCGGCAAUCGAACCACACAAACCAGCUGAGAGUCUCCUGAUCGAAGCAGUCAAGUACGAAUCGUACGAGAUGCCCCCCAGCGGCAAACUCCCUGAUGAGAAGAUUGCCAUUCUGGAAAAGUGGAUCAAGAUGGGUGCCCCCUGGCCCGGACAGGAACAGGUCGCUGCCUCUCGCUCCGUCGGAGACAAAAUUACCGAAGAAGACCGCCAGUUCUGGUCCUUCCAACCAUUGCGGGCCCCGGAGCCUCCACACCUCGACAAUGAUCAAUGGUCGCGCAACAACAUCGACCGCUUCAUCUUCCGCAAGUUAUCGGACAACCAGAUUGCUCCCACUGACGAAGCUUCAGCGGAAGAUCUCGUCCGACGACUCUACUUCGACCUGAUUGGAUUACCCCCGACACCGGAACAGGUCGAUGCCUUUCUAGCAGAUAGCUCAGAUGCAGCCUACGAAAAACUCGUUGAUGAACUCUUAGCCAGUCCACGACAUGGAGAACACUGGGCCCGUUUCUGGCUCGACCUCGUCCGCUACGCCGAGUCAGAUGGCUUUCGUAAAGAUGACUACCGCCCAGACGCCUGGCGCUACCGGGAUUACGUCAUCAAUUCUUUCAACGAAGACAAACCAUUCAACGAGUUCACUCGCGAACAAAUCGCUGGCGAUGAAAUCGCUCCCAAUAAUCCUGAUGCUUUAGUCGCAACCGGAUUCUUGCGACAUGGCAUCUACGAAUACAACCAGCGUGAUGCCAGAACACAAUGGCAGGAUAUGCUCAACGACAUUACCGACACCGUUGGUGAUACCUUCCUGGGCAUGGGGAUGGGCUGUGCCCGCUGCCAUGACCAUAAGUUUGAUCCCAUUCUGCAGAAGGACUACUUCCGUCUACAGGCAUUCUUCGCCAACAUCGCAAUGCCAUACGAUGCCGCUGUCGCUACCGAUCAACAACAUGACGAAUUCCAACAGGCCCAAGCCAAAUGGGAGGCAGCCACCAAAGAAAUUCGCGAGAAGAUCGAUGCAUUAGAAAAGCCGAAGCUUGAAUCGAUGCGCCAUGCAAUGGUCAUGAUGUUCCCGGAAGACAUUCAGGAGAUGGUCGCCAAACCAGACCACGAACAGACCUCUUACGAAAAACAACUGUCUCACUUAGUCGAACUGCAAGUCAUCGACAAACAAAAGACCGUCGCGACUAAAUUCAAAGGGGAAGAAAAGAAAGAGUAUGAAGCUCUCAAAGCAGAAUUAAAGAAAUUCGAUCACCUCAAACCAAAGUCUUUGCCCACCGGCCUCACUGUCACUGACUAUGGCGAUCAAGCCCCACCAGUCUUCAUCCCCAGUAAAGAGCGGCUCGGGGAAAUCGCUCCUGGUUUCCUCACCAUCUUCGACCCCAAGGUUGCUCAUAUCGAACCGAUGCCGGCUGAAGUCGAAAGUACCGGACGUCGCACAACCCUCGCCAAUUGGCUCACAGAAGAGAAACAUCCGCUCACCACCCGUGUCAUCGUCAACCGCAUCUGGAAAGAACACUUCGGUGCCGGCAUCGUUAACAGCCCCAGCGAUUUCGGCCACCUCGGCGAAGAGCCGACACAUCCAGAACUCCUCGAUUGGCUCGCAACUCGCUUCGUUGAAAACGGUUGGAGCCUGAAGUGGCUGCACCGGCAAAUCGUCCUGUCAGCGACCUACCGACAGUCCUCAUUGCGUGAUGACCCACAAGCGAAGCUCAUCGACCCGCAGAACCGCUUACUCUGGAAGGCCAACGUCCGUCGCCUGACCGCCGAGCAACUCCGUGACGCUCAACUCGCAGCUACGGGCAACCUGAGCCUCAAAGCAGGUGGACCGGGAGAGACAGCCAAGACCUCCAGGCGUCGCUCUAUCUACACGAAAUUCAUGAGAAACUCGCGUGAUGAAGUGCUGGAUGCCUUCGACCUGCCGGACCGCAUGACCAGUAGUCCGACCCGCAAUGUCACAACCUCACCAUCUCAAUCACUCCUGCUCAUCAACGGUGAAUGGACCCUCAAACGAGCAGAAGAGAUGGCAAAACGAAUUCGGGGCGACGGGUCAGCCAGUCUCGAAUCUCAGGCCCUCGUAGCCGGAUUUGAUGUCGCCCGUUUUCCGGAAUCAGUCAGGGCCAAUAUUGGUUUCAUGUCCUGCAACACCGGGAUCUACGACCGCAUGACUGCCCGAGAAAUGGUCGAGUACUAUGGCCGUCUCUACGGCAUCGAAGAAGAACCUCUCCAGGCUAGAAUCGAAGAAAUCUUUGAAACGUUGCAGAUGAAUGAGAUCCGCGAUGUCCUCGGAUCAAAGAUGUCCACCGGGAUGAAACAGAAGGUCUCAAUCGCUCGCACAAUUGUGCAUGAUCCUCCGGUAUUGAUCUUCGAUGAGCCAACUUCAGGUCUGGACGUCCUCGUCGCCCGAGCCGUCCUCGAAGCUGUCGAUGCCCUCCGCAACAUGGGGAAGUGCAUUAUCUUCUCGACACAUAUCAUGCGGGAAGUCGAAAAGCUGUGCGACCGCGUCGCGAUCAUUCAUAAAGGAAAAAUUCUCGACCGGGGAACGGUUGAUGAAUUGAUUGAGAAAUAUGAACAACCUGAUAUCGAAGAGGUGCGUGACCAACUUCGGGAUCGCCGCACACUCUUCAUGGUUGCAGUGCUGCCGCUCCUGCUUUAUCCCGCUCUCGGCAUCGGUAUGGUGCAAAUGACCGUCACCUUCGCAGAGCAAAUGCGAAAUGUCGUCGUCAUCGGGGCUGAUGAAAUCCCACCUCCAGAAUUGAUCCGUGACCACCGCUUUGUUUCGAUCUACUUCAAUCAAUCAGAAGAUGCAGAGAAAUUACGCGUUAUUACAGACGAGCCUUUGUCGCUCGAUAACCCUGAACUGAACGAGAAGAGUCGUGAGGAACUCGAACAGUUUCUCUCACUGAUCGAAAAGAAACGCCCAACGCUUGAUCGACUGGCAAUUGUUCAAGAACAACUCAACCAAGGCGUGGAUGAUAAAUCUGAAAAGGCCAAGCUUGUCGCUGAGGAAAUCGAAUUACGCGAGCAAGUCACCUCCUGGUUUUCGGUCGCUCCGGCACAGGUCCUGGUCAUUUUCCCAGAAGGCUUUCGCAACGAGUACGAUCAAAUCAGCCAGCGGAUGGCACAAGGACUGUUCCGGGACAUCGAACUCGAAAACCCGCCCCGCCCGAUUAUUCUCCACAACAGUGCUGAUGAAAAAUCAGACAUCGCCUAUCAACGAGUCCGGCAAGUCUUAAAUGAAUGGGAAGAACUCUUACUCGAAAAACGACUCAAAGAGGCUUCUCUGCCCCGCUCGCUCCCCGACCCUGUCCAAUCGACAACCGUCGACCUGGCAGAAGCUGAUGAAAUUGCAGCUAACGUCUGGAGCAAAAUCUUCCCUGCGUUGUUAGUGAUCAUGUCUGUCACUGGUGCCUUCUAUCCUGCAAUCGACCUCGGAGCGGGAGAGAAAGAACGCGGCACCAUGGAAACCCUACUCAUCUCACCAGCGACACGCACAGAGAUCGUUCUCGGAAAAUUCCUCACAGUGAUGCUCUUCAGCAUCACGACCGCCCUGCUCAACCUCACCAGCAUGGGCUUCACAGGGCAACAUAUGUUGACCGCUGUCGCCAGUGGCAGUCCCGCAGCGAUGGGCGAUAUCUCCUUCCCUCCCGCACUCUCACUAAUGUGGGUUGUGCUGUUGGCUGUCCCCCUGGCAGCGCUGUUUAGCGCCCUGUCCUUGUCCUUUGCGAUGUUCGCCAAGAGUAGCAAAGAAGGUCAGUAUUACCUGACACCACUCUUAAUGGUGACCAUGGGCCUCACGAUGUUCUGCCUGAAUCCAGCAGUCGAACUGACCCCAUACUACAGUAUUCUGCCGGUGGUCGGCCCAGCUCUGUUACUGAAAUCCUUAUUACUCGGUGGUGUGACUGCCGUCGCUGCCAGUGCGUAUGUCGUUCCAGUCCUUGUGACGAGCUUCACGUAUAGUGCACUCGCUCUCUGGUGGGCCAUUGAGCAAUUCCAGGGCGAAGGCAUUCUCUUCCGCGAAGCAGAACGAUUCGAACUCGGCCUGUGGAUUAAGCACUUAUUGCGAGACAAGGAAGAGACCCCCAGUUUCAUGGAAGCUGGCGUCUGCUUUGUCUUGAUCGCCCUGCUGCAAUUCAUCUUCCUGACAUCAAUGCAGCGCAACCCAACGCUGAUGACCGACCCUACCAACAUGGUCGUCGUCCAGAUGAUCUACUUGAUUGCCACCGUCGGGUUCCCACCUUUAAUGAUGGCUCUCUUACUGACUACCAGACCCUUCAAAAGCCUGAAAUUUAAUCUCUGUAGCUGGAAGAUGUUGGCAGCUGCUGUUGUGUUGCCACUCGCAUUGCAACCACUGGCGUUAACACUUCUCGCCUGGCUGGACCCUUACUUUCCACCAAUGCCUGCUGGCGGAGAACAGCUCAUGAAAGCGAUGGCGACGAAUGAAGUCCCACUCUGGCUUUCUUUUGCGACCUUCGCGAUUGCUCCUGCCGUCUGCGAGGAACUCGCCUUCCGAGGAUUUAUCUUAAGUGGUCUUCAACGAUCGCGACAUAAGUGGUUACCCAUCGUGAUAUCUGCCCUCCUGUUUGGUGUCAUUCACAUGAUUCCGAAACAGCAGUUCAACGCGUCCCUGUUAGGUCUGGUACUGGGACUGAUUGCCGUUCGCAGUCGCAGUUUAAUACCUUGCAUCAUUUUCCACUUGAUCUUCAACGGUACUCAAGUCUUGGCCACAAGGCUGGAAGUCGAAAGCCUGGAAGUCGGUAUUGCUCGCUACCUUGUCAAAAUCACUGAAACUCCCGCUGGCGAGCCGACAAUGAUCUUUACGCCUGCCUGCCUGGCAGCCUGUGCUGCCAUCUCAGUGACCAUUCUGUAUUGGCUCAUCCGACUCGACAGAUCCCCGGAGCAAGACCAACGACCCGUUCAGAACAACCGACUGAUCAUCUUGUUCUGCGCAGUGAUCACUCUUCUCUGCUUAACAUUUCCGCCCACAGCAGUCGCCAAUGAAGCAGAGCGACUAGUCCAACAGUUGGGAGACCGUCGCUUCUCAAUGCGAUCGCGAGCAGAGCAACAACUCCUCGAACUCGGCUAUCAAUCCUUCGAAGCCAUUUCGCUCGGGACAGAAUCUGACGACCCCGAAAUCCGCUAUCGAGCGACGCGUCUGCUCAAACUCUUGCAGCGAGAAGCAUUCGCAGAUCAACACCAUCAGUUGAGAAAGAACCCCUGGCUGGUCCCCGAACAACUCGCUCCCGGUUGGCUAGCGUUCCAUCAGCUUCUGGGAGAUGGGAAAGAUUCCCGCGAACUUUAUGUGCAAAUCUUGAAUAGCGAGCCUGAUUUAAUAUUGGCCCUCAAUCGUCCUCAUUGGCAAUUACAGUUUGAACGUCGCUGCGCAGACCUGAAAGCUUUCUCCCAUCAACGGCAACAAGCCGAGGUUGAACCUGGCACCAUCGCUGCCCUGUUGUUUCUGGGUUGCCACCCUGACAAUCAGGCAAGUGGUGAAGCAAGUUCGGUCAUCAACAUGAUGCUCGGAGACGAUCAAUUUCGUGACGCCGUUCGGCACUCUGCAAGUAGCGAUGUCCUGAAAGCACUCAUCAGCGAAUGGAUUCGCACCAACCAAAACUCAUCACCGAUGCAACGGCUCAGCGAUGCAGCCACGUUUGAAUUAGACGCCGCUCUCGAUGUCGCUCGGGAGAUCGUGGCAGCCCGCAAGAACCUGCAUUCCUCAUCAAUCUAUCUGGUGAAUGCCAUUUUCUAUCUGGCCCUCUAUGGAAAAAGUGAAGUCAUCGAGGAGUUGGAAGUUCUCCUCAACGAAAAGCAACAACUCUUUGGAAGUCAUCGCACUUCACAAAUGGACGUGCAGAUACGCGAUGUCGCUCUGGCUGCUUUACUUUACAUCAACAAUCAAUCCCCACAGGAAUACGGCUUUCACGAUCUCGCACCCAAAACAGGCUAUCUCUACAUCGGUAGCUCUGCCAAAUUCCGUUCUCCUGAAAUCCGUGAGAAGGCAAUACAGAAGUGGCAAAACUGGCGGGCUGAACACUUAGGUGAACCGAUCCCGAACGACCUGGACGCCAGUAUCGGCGAGCAACUGUAA